GCACGAUGGAGACCGAAGACUCAGCCCCGCCGGCAUCACGCCCUGAGCGUCCUUUCAAGCCGAGGAUGACAGCCAAGCCGGGAUGCCAGGUGUUCGUCAAGAACUUGGACAAGGCUACGGGUGAGCCGGAGCUGCGAGAUCUCUUUGCCAGGCAUGGCACAGUGCUAGAUGUCGAGAUGGCGACGGAGGAGGGUGCCAGUGUCGCAAAAGGCUACGCCAUCGUGCUCAUGUCCAGCGCCAAAGAGGCGAAGCAGUGUGUCAAGGCCCUGAACUUCACCAAGCCGUGGGGACGUGCGUUAAUCGUCGAGCGCGACGAGACC